GAGACCAUCAAAAUUAUAAAAAUAAAAAGAAAAUCUCAAAAGAGGAAGAGAAAACUCAAACAAAAAACUCUCUGUCUGUCUCUCUCCCCCUCCUCUCUGACUGGCUUGUCUCUCUCUCUCUCCCCCCCUCUCUCUUCUGGGUGAUCUGGUCCAUUUCUUACAAGGGAUUUUUUAUGCAGUUUUGAGCUAAGAUCGGCUCAAAAGGAACCAUUAAUUGUUUAACCAGGAGAAGCAAAAAAUGGACCGUGACGAGACAGGAUGCCAAGCUCCUCCAGAACGUCCUAUUUUGUGCAUUAACAAUUGUGGCUUCUUUGGAAGUGCAGCUACUAUGAACAUGUGUUCAAAGUGCCACAAGGAUAUGCUGUUAAAACAGGAGCAGACUAAGCUUGCUGCAUCAUCAAUUGGAAGUAUUGUGAAUGGAUCGGCAAGCAGCAAUGUGAAUGAACCUGUUAUUGCUGACACCAUUAAUGUCCAAAUCAAUGCAGUGGAGCCUAAGACCAUCACUGUGCAGCCAUCCUGUGCUUCAGUUUCAGGGGAGAGAGUUGAGGCAAAGCCGAAGGAGGGGCCAAGCCGGUGCACCUCUUGCAAGAAAAGAGUUGGUUUAACAGGGUUUAAGUGUCGAUGUGGUGACCUCUUUUGUGCAUCUCAUCGCUACUCAGACAAACAUGACUGCCCAUUUGAUUACCGUACUGCUGCCCGUGAAGCAAUAGCAAAAGCCAAUCCUGUUGUCAAGGCAGAGAAGCUUGAUAAAAUCUGAAGAUCUGAUGGGAUGAAGUUUCAUGUUCUGAAAUAUGAUGCACAUUUUAUCUUUGGGGCUUCUGAGUUGGCCGAGUGUCGUAUCAGGCGCCCUUUUUUAAUUGUCGUCUAUGGGGAGAAGCAAGGCAGUUUAGGACAUCUCUGCAGUAUGAAAACUCCAUAUCUUAUGAUUGCCGAGAGUUUGUAUGUUGGCCCCAAUGUUUUAAGUCUUAAUCUAUGCUCUGGUUUGAAGGACUUUGUCAUGGUCAAGUUUGUAAUGUGUCAUCCUGUUUCAUAUGGCAUUUCUCUCUAGCAGUAUCAUAAAACAUCCAUGGACGCUCGUGUGUACCUUUGUAAAUUUUAAUUAUGGCUUUCGUGGCA